AUAAACCCCAUCAGAACCGAAAACCGAAAACCGACAACCGAAAAACGCUAAAACGGAAAACACAAUACGAGGCAGCAACGAAAACUGGACCACAGCGAAAUGAGUUAACUUUCAUUUUGGGGGGAGGUCCAGUUUCGGGGCGAAACUUUUGUAAUAUAGCAAAACUCAACAUUUAACUGGGACUUUCUUGUCACGUUUGUAAAUGCCCAGUCCAGUCCGUAUUUUCGUACUUUCGUUUACGUUUAUUUAUGCGGAAUCGCCGCCGGAGUCUCGCCUCUGAUGAAUCCACGAAAAGUCGGAAAUAAUUCGAAACGAAGUUGAGGGGAUAAUGCGCGCCUCCCCCCCCAUCCCCUUCACACUCGCACUGACUAAGCCGAUAAGAUUUCCAGAUUUAUCAUCAUUGGCAGUGCAGACUGUCGGCAUGGAAUUAAGUAUUGUUGCAGUUGCCACUACCGUUUUCCCAUCUCCCCCAUUGCAAAUGCAACAAAAUGCUGGCCAUUUCUAUGGGGCGGAAGCAUGUGUCCAGUCUGUGUGUCCAUGGUGCUUCAGUGGCACCGAGUGGAAUUUACUAUGUCCGCCUGUGGCAGAAGCAGAAGCAGAAGCAGGAAACUUGUCCGGAACAUAUGGAGGAGCCCACUCUCACUCUCGAUCUCGGACACAUUUAUUUCCAGCUAUCGAACAGUGUAAACUUUGCUGCUCGACUUGGACCCGAUGGCCAUUGUCUUUGCUCCACUUUAACUGGCCGUAGGUACAGCAUUCAGCCGCUUUUAAUUGCCACAUGUGGCAGUAAUCGUGAUUGAUCACUUCGGAGUGGUGGCAGGUGCACUUCAUGGCAAAUCGGAACCAAUAAAUGGCUAAUAAUAAUAAAAUAAUAACGGAUAUGCAAUGUGUACGUGCUGGAAAUCAAUUAGCUGGGAUAAUUGUCUACAUUGGCGUGCAACAUUUAGGACAACCUCGUACGGCUUUGUGGGACAGAGUGUCAUAUAUGGGAAUUACUUUACUUAUAUGUAUAUACAUUGAGGUUCUAGAUAUAGUAGUUAUGUCUGAAGCUUGGACUGUUUUAGUUUUAGUUGGUGAAUUUUGGUUACCUC